AAACGAGUCUUGUAAAACAUUUCCAAAUGGCUCGAUGUGCAAGCUGGUGCUGAAUUUCAGCAGCAGAUCACGCAGGGCCGCGAGUUUGGCGCGUUUGUGGGUUAGGGUUCUGGGUUACGCGCUCACAUCAUCCGGUUUGAAUUUCGUUGCUUUUACACCAUGGCCGCUAAGCAAGCCCCUCGCUGGCAAGGAAGGUUUCCUAGUCGACGAGCCAACCCUGUACCCCGAGGUGUUCAAGGACAAGAAAGUCAUAUAUGCAGUCGACGGUUCCUAUUCACAAGAAAGUCGUCUCCCCUCCCCUUGUUUUCGGAGGCCACGAACUGUCAACUCCUCCUUCGGCUUUGUCAACGUUGCAGUCGUACACAACCCACGACGUCGAGAGGAAGUCCCAGAAUGAUGGACCAAAAGCCGCCAUCACCGACUGACUGCGAUCACGUCCCAUCCCUCAGCCCAGCAACCUACUCCGACUCGAUAGACGUACAUUGCCACCCAACCGACACCCCCGACUCGCUGAAUGUGAUACCCACCCUGCGAACGCAGCGGUUGCUAGUGAUGGGCACGCGCGAGGAGGACUGGCCGCUGGUGGCCGGAGCGGCGGAGAAGUGGCCAGAAAAAGUCAUACCGUGCUUUGGUCUACAUCCAUGGUUCGCACACCACUGCCCCGCACCGCCGUCGGCGAGCGAAGGCUCCACUCACCCGCCGUGGCUACAAACCCUCACCGUGCAGCUCGAAUCACACCCAACAGCACUAGUAGGCGAAAUAGGAAUCGACGGGAUCGCAAAGGACCGCACGACCGACGCGCGAUACCCAUUCGAGCACCAGCUGGUUAUUUUCAGAGCGCAGCUGCAGCUCGCGGCCCGGAUGCGGCGGAGCGUGAGCAUGCAUACCGUGCGGUGCCAUGGACAUCUGGUUGAUGUGCUUAGGGAGAUGCUCGCGAGUGGUGGUGGUGAUGGAGCGGAGGAUGACCCGCUCCCACCGCGGCUGAAACACCACUCGUACUCGGGCAGCACGGAAACGACCCGCGCGCUGCUCAGCCUCCGUAGCCCUCACCGCGGGCGCAAAAGGGCAUCACUGCCAACACCAGGGUCGCGGAUGUACUUCAGCUUCUCGGCGGGUGUGAACGGCCGGUCGCCCAAGGCGAUGGAGCGGAUCAGGGCCGUGCCGGACGACAGGGUGCUGCUGGAGAGCGACACGCAUGAUGCGCGGAUCGUGGAUGCGGCGAUGGAGGACGCUUGUAGGUUGGUGGCGGCCGCGAAGGGAUGGACGAUCGAGGAGACGGCGGAGACGACGGGGAGGAAUGCUAGGCGGUUUUUGGGCGAGGAAGGGUGACAGUUGUUUCCGAUAUAUAUCAUUCUGAAUGGCAUUUUUUGGAUUCUGAAAGCGAAAACGUAUAAAAUUCAUGCCUGUUUUGAU